CUGAUGACCAAUUCUUCAGUCUUCACUACACUAUUUUCUUCUUUGAAUGAAGGAUAGAGAUAGAAUUUAAAGAAGCAACACACAUACCUACCAUUCUUGAUAGUGCUAUCUCUUAUUAGUUGACUCAUGAAGAUCUCCUUGAAUCAUCACAUAUCACAUUUUUGACAUUUGAAGUUCAAAUUCACACCAUCUAGUCAUGUCAACCGGGAGAGUAGUGUUGUAAGCAGAGGAGGAAGCAUUAGAUGUUUUUCUAGUUCUAUGAGAGUAAUUCUUGACUUCCUGAUUGCUUAAAUUCUACGUUACAUAUCUCGAUCUCAAGCAACUUACUAAAAGUACCCCAAUUAAAUUGUGGUGUGAUGAAGAGUUUUAUUGUUUACCCAUGGCUAAUAGUGAUAUUUGUAGCAGCUGACAUCGGUGCCUUCAACUGCCAUGAUAAUUCGGUGACUGAGGAGCAAACUCUCCUUGGCUGCGGCUGGUGGACACGACACAACACUUCACAAAUGCAUUAUUGCAGCUGGGAAGGGAUCAGUUGCAAUGCUGCUGGGAAUGUUACUAGUAUUAAACUUAGAAGGCACGUGGGAGGCGAGCUGAAAGCGCUGAACUUUGCAUCUUUACCAAAUUUAGAAAGCUUAGAUCUCAGGAAUUGUGGUCUGAAAGGAAACAUCCCUUACCAAGUUGGUAUGCUUUCUAAAGCUACUAACCUUGUGCUUUCUCGAAAUUCUCUUAGGGGGAACCUACCUGAAUCAUUGACUAACCUUACACAACUAACUUGGCUUGAUGUAUCCAGUAACUAUCUAAGUGGAUCUAUUCCCUUGAAUAUGAACAAAAAUUUGAUAUAUCUGAAUCUUGGUGCCAAUAACUUUGGUGGCCUAAUUCCUUCGUCAUUAGGAUACUUGCCUCGACUGCAAGUGCUGCAACUUGACAGAAACUACUUCACAGGUGCUAUCCCUUCAUCUUUUAGGGACUUGAAUCUGACACGAUUGGAUUUGAGUAGGAAUAAUUUGUCGGGAUUUAUACCCUCAGCAUUGGGAAAUUUGGCUUAUUUACGCUACUUGAAUCUCUCCCGCAACAAUCUCUCUGGUACAAUCCCGUCUUGUCUAUGUAAUUUUUGUCAGACUUCUGCAAUUGACUUGUCAAACAAUUCUCUCAACGGGAGUCGGACUUGUUCUCGGGUAUUUAUACACAGCACUGUGACAAACAAGAACGAUUCCACCACAACCAACAACAAAGAUCUAAUUGUCCUCUGUGCUGCUGUUUCGGUUUCUGUUUUCUUUAUUGUCUUAUUGUUAGGCUUUGUAUUUAUUAGGCUGUACAAGUCUAAGGGAGUUCAAAGUAAGAUUGAAAUACGAAAAAAUGGUGAUUUUUUCUCAAUAUGGGAUUAUAAUGGAACUAUAGCAUAUGAAGACCUCAUAGGGGCAACAAAUAACUUUGACAUACGGAAUUGCAUAGGAACAGGUGGUUAUGGCAGUGUUUAUGCGGCAGCAUUGCCGGGUGGGAAAGUGGUGGCCCUCAAGAAACUUCACCAGAUGGAACGUGAGGACCCGGAUUUUGAAGAGAGUUUCAGGAACGAAGCAAAAGUUUUAUCAAAUAUAAGACAUAAGAACAUCAUUAAGCUAUAUGGAUUUUGCUUACAUGACAGGUUCAUGUUUCUGGUUUAUGAGUACAUGGAAAGAGGAAGCUUAUUCUGUGUGCUGAGGGAUGAAAUAGGAGCUGUCCACUUGAGUUGGGAAAGAAGGAUAAACAUAGUUAAAAGUGUCGCAUAUGCUUUAUCAUACAUGCAUCAUGAUUGCAAUCCAUCCAUCAUUCACCGCGACAUAUCAAGCAACAACAUAUUAUUGAACUCGAAAUUGGAAGGUUUUGUAGGUGAUUUUGGUGCAGCGAGACUGCUACCAGAUUCGUCAAAUUACUAUACUGCAGCUGCAGGCACUCUCGGUUACAUGGCUCCAGAACUUGCUUACACAAUGGUCGCAACUCAAAAUUGUGAUGUGUAUAGCUUUGGGAUUGUGGCACUGGAAACGAUAAUGGGCAGACAUCCAGGAGAGCUGUUGUCAUCGUUGUCCUCCUUCAAGUCGGGGCACGAUCUAAUGUUGAAAGAUGUGCUAGAUUCACGGCUUCCCCGUCCAACUGAUGUGUUGGUUGAGCGCCACAUUGCUUUGGUUCUGGAGUUGGCACUUGGGUGUUUAAGUUCUAAUCCUAAAUCACGCCCAACUAUGCAACGCGUGUCUAUGCAAUUUCAAAAGUGAAGAAAACAGGGUCCAGUUUUUUUUAAAGCGCAUUGACAUUGUAAUAUUGUAACUUGCAAACCUAAUUGAUUGCAAAAUGUUUUUAAGGAUC